AAACAGAUAAGAAAGCAACGACUUGAUCGCUCAUAGCCCUAACUAGAAACCGAACACAGUCAAGGUUCUCCACUCAAAUUUUCCCGGGAAAUCCCGAAUCUCGAGAAACUCGACAAUUUUCCCGGAAAUCCACUAUUCUCGGGGAGCACUUUGAUCUGAAUUGAGAGUCUUCAGAAACAGAUGUUUGAAUCUCACUUUGGUUUAUUUAUAACUUGAACGAAGCUCUUAUUGAGCUUGAUUUUGUGGAGAAUUGUUGAAGGUUUGGCUAUCCCGGACUUUGGAGAGGAAUGUUGAGUAUGAAGUUUGGGCGUGGAUUAAAAUUGAGGUCGCGCCGUGUUGUCCAGGAUCGUGUCGUGGGGGCUGCAAAGGCGAUGGCGCCGGCUCCGGCCGAGAUCGGCGGAUCGGGGCAGAGUCCUUGGGUAAAUUUGCCGCCGGAACUGUUGAGGGAGGUGUUCGCGAGGGUGGAGGAGGACGAGAAUAGUUGGCCGUGGCGGCGGAGUUUGGUUGCCUGUGCCGGAGUCUGCCGGAACUGGAGGCAGAUCAUGCAGGAGUUUGUGAGGACGCCUGAGGCUUCUGGCAAAUUGACAUUCCCAAUAUCUGUAAAGCAGCCUGGACCUAGAGACUCUCUCCUCCAAUGUUUUAUAAGAAGGAAUCGAUCGACUCAAACAUAUCAUCUAUACCUUAAUUUGACCCUAGCACUAGCUGAUAAGGGGAAGUUUCUGCUUUUAGCACGUAAGUUUGGGAGGACAAUGUGUACAGACUACAACAUAUCACUGCAAGCUGAUGACACAUCAAGGGGGAGUAGAGCAUAUAUUGGAAAAUUAAGAUCAAAUUUUGUAGGAGCUAAGUUCAUAAUAUAUGAUGGCUUACCACCUCAUUCUGGUGCCAAAAUGAUGAAGAGUCUAUCCACUAGACUAAUGAGAUCAAAACAAGUUUUGCCCAGAGUUCCUGCCAGGAACUAUCAAGUGGCUCACAUAUUAUAUGAGUUGAAUGUGUUGGGAUCCAGGGGUCCAAGAAGAAUGCAGUGUGUCAUGGACGAUAUUCCUGCUGCUGCUAUUGAGCCUGGGGGUGUGGCUCCGACACAGACCAAACUCACUGGUAGCCGCAUAGAUUCAUGUCCAUUGCUUCUGAUGUCCCAUUCAAAAUCAAAGGUGUCCCCACAACAUGAGGCUUCCCGAUCAAAAUCAAGCUGCAGAGAAAAUUUUCUUCAUGGUCCUUCUACUUAUCAGAUAGAUGGGGCGCUGGUUUUGAGAAACAAGGCUCCUAGAUGGCAUCAGCAACUUCAGUGCUGGUGUUUGAAUUUUCAUGGGCGAGUAACAGUUGCUUCAGCGAAAAACUUUCAGUUAGUGGCCUCUGCAGAGAAUGGGCAAGCGGGCCCAGAACAUGAAAAGAUAAUCCUCCAGUUUGGGAAGGUAGGGAAAGAUGUCUUUACAAUGGAUUAUCGUUACCCACUAUCUGCGUUUCAGGCAUUCGCAAUCUGCCUUAGCAGCUUUGACACAAAGAUUGGCUGUGAAUGACAAAAUAACAGCAGCCAAAAAUGGUACCGAUUGCAUUGAAUGUUGAGAUGGGGAUGACAUGCAAAUCUUGUCGAUCAUGGGGCUUUCGCCGGCGUCCAAGUGCAGGAAAACGUUGGAACACAGAAAAAGCGCCAAGUUAUGGAUAUUGUUGGUUGAGAAUUACUUAAACUCUGUUUGGUUUUGUACAUAACAGCACAGGCUUUCGUUUUGAUAAAACAAGCAAUAUGUAGAAAAGAAACCUUGCAAGAAAAUUUGCUGUUUCUACAAAUACAUAUGUCCUUGAUCAUGGGUCAUUCUACAAAAAUCUGCCCAACAGCCAACGCUAGCUUGUGGAUGGGCUGGUUUCCUCACUUCUCAUACUACUGUACUGUCGACUGUUGCAUGGAAUCACUGGUAUUAUUUUUUGGUUCUGCGAUUCCAGAUUGCAGUUACACCAACAAAAAAUGAAAGAACAAAGGCUUUGUUUGGUAUUGCUGUGUGGUGAAGGUAAUAUUAAUAAAAGUAGUGUUAGU